GGGGCCGCGUGCCGCAGUGGGCCCGGCGGAGAGCGGCGGAGCCGGCCCCAGCCCCAGCCCCAGCCGCGGAGCAGCAGCCAUGGCCGCGGGGCCCCCCCUGCUCCUGCUGCUCUCGCUGCUCUGCCUGCGCGGCCGCGGCCAGGGCUUCGGGCAGACGCGCUUCAUCUGCACCUCGGUGCCGCUGGACGGGGACAUGUGCGCCGCCUCCGCGCCGGGCACCGGCUCCGCCGAGGAGCUGAAGAGCACGGUGCUGCAGCUGCGGGAAACGGUGCUGCAGCAGAAGGAGACCAUCAUGAACCAGAAGGAGACCAUCCGGGAGCUGACGGCCAAGCUGGGCCGGUGCGAGAGCCAGAGCGUGCUGGAGGCGCUGCCCGGCGAGCCCAAGGGCGGCGGGGCCGGCAGGAAGGGCGGCUUCUCCAAGAACACCAUGGGGGACCUGUCGCGGGCGCCCGCGGCCGAGACCCUCAGCCAGCUCGGACAGACGCUGCAGUCCCUGAAGACGCGGCUGGAGAACCUCGAGCAGUUCAGCAGGAUGAACUCCUCCAGCCAGACCAACAACCUGAAGGACAUCCUGCAGAACAAAAUCGACGACCUGGAGAAGCAGGUGCUGUCCCGGGUGAACAGCCUGGAGGAGGGGAAGUUCAACCCGAAGAACGAGUCCGAGGAGCGCGGCAAGAUCGAGAGCACCCUCACGUCGCUGCACCAGCGCAUCAGCGACCUGGAGAAAGGCCAGAAGGACAACCGGCCCCCGGACAGGUUCCAGCUCACCUUCCCGCUGCGCACCAACUACAUGUACGCCAAGGUGAAGAAGAGCCUGCCCGAGAUGUACGCCUUCAGCGUCUGCAUGUGGAUGAAGUCCAACGCCUCCCCUGGCAUGGGCACCCCCUUUUCCUACGCUGUGCCUGGGCAGGCUAACGAGCUGGUGCUCAUUGAGUGGGGCAACAACCCCAUGGAGAUCCUCAUCAACGACAAGGUGGCCAAACUGCCCUUUGUCAUCAACGAUGGCAAGUGGCACCACAUCUGUGUCACCUGGACCACGCGGGACGGCGUGUGGGAAGCCUACCAGGAUGGCACGCAGACCGGCAGCGGCGAGAACCUGGCGCCCUACCACCCCAUCAAGCCCCAGGGGGUCCUGGUGCUGGGCCAGGAGCAGGACACGCUGGGCGGCGGGUUCGAUGCCACGCAGGCCUUCGUGGGGGAGCUGGCCCACUUCAACGUGUGGGACAGGAAGCUGAGCCCCGGGGAGGUGUACAGCCUGGCCACCUGCAGCACCCGGGCGCUGGCGGGCAAUGUCAUCGCAUGGGCAGAGGCCAACAUCGACAUCUACGGCGGGGCCACCAAGUGGACUUUCGAGGCCUGUCGCCAGCUCAACUAGGGCCAUGGACAAGCGAGAGAAACCUCCUCAUCGGGUUCUUUUUUUUUUUUUUUUCCUCCUUUUUUUUUUUGCGCAAAACCAACCAAGAAUGAAGCCACCCGUCUCGUCCUGAGGAGCGGGGAUGCCACCCACCCCAGAGCCCCACGAUCCUCCGGUUUCUGUCUUGCCAACGUCCUUCAACGCCUGCGUGCCUUGGCCUGGCGCGGCUGCGCUCCCUCCCGCCCCCCCCCCCCCCCCCCCCCCGGCCCCUGCUUUGCCGCCACCCCCUCAACCCCCCCCCUUUCCCCAGGCACCGACGUGGGGCCCGGACUGAAGCCCCCUCUCGGGGCUCCUCUCCCUCCAGCCUGAAGCCCCCCCGGGGGGGUGGUGCCCCUGGAGCAGGGGGAGGGUUGCAACACACACACACACACACACACCCCCCCCCCCCCCCCCCGGUUGCGCUCCCUCCCGGGAGCUGGGGGUGCAGCAGCGCCCGGGACUCCAAGGAGGGGUGAACCCCCCGGGUCAGGACCCCCCGCUCCCGGCGCUCCCUGGCCCACACACCACAGCCAUAAGCCUGGGCUGCGGUGGGCACCGGGGCGGCCCCCCCCGGCAGGACCCCCCCCUGCCGGCCCCGCUCCCCGACCUGCCGCACUCAGGUACGUUCCCCCCCGCCGCCUGCAGCCCCCCGAGGCCUCCUACGCGCCGUAGCUGGUGAAAAAUAGCCUUUACUGUCCCCUGGAAGUCUAGCUACCACUGAGAAGUCUGAAGCCUUUCUGCUUUUGAUAAUACAUGAUGUUGUUUCUCUUACUGUAAAGGGAAGUUUAUUACCAAUUAAAAAAAAGGGUAUUUUUAUGAAGAUAAAAAAAAUAUAGAAUUAAGCAGUGCUCCCUGAGAAAAAAGUACUUUGAGAUUCUGCAGGAAAAAAAAAAAGAUGAAGUGUAUUUUGAAAUAACAGAUGCAUUUUGUAUGGUUUCCUUUUCUAAACUCCUGGUUUGUACUACAGAUUGCAGAAAUCACCCCCCCAAGCCCGCCCCACUGACCCCCCGAGGGCCACCCCGGGUGGCAGUGGAGGACGAGGCAGAGAAUUCAUGCGGGGCCCCAGAGCCUCCCUGACCAACUCCAAAGAUGUGGCAAAGAGACGCGCAGAGUGGCAAGGCCACGGCCGCCCCGGCCAGGAGCACAGAGCUGGCCCAGCCGCCGCCGCUUCGGGGGACCAGUGCCCAGCCGGAGCAGCACCUGCAGCAACACCACACCCCCCCGAUCGAAAUACCUUCGUACAAACUGUGGCUCAGGGCAGCAUCUUUUAAACUGUGCUCUUUUUAAAAAAAAAAAAAUGCAACAACAAACAUGGUGAGUUAAUUUACGUUUCUCCUAAGAACCUGUUCCCAUCAGCAAAGCAACAAGCACAACCUGCUGAGAAGAACAAGACCGCUGAAAAGGUUUAACCUACAGUCCCAGGUGCGUCGGAUUUGCCAAAAAAAAAAAAAGAGGGUGUGAUGUCAACACAAUGUAUAUAGUGUAUAGUAGGGGAGAGAAUAAAUGCAUCCUAAUUUGUCAUUAUUUUGCUAACCAAAUCUGUACAUUUUUCCUAUGACUUGCUCUGUCUCCUUUGGGUUUUGAAUGGGUUAUGAUAUACCAGACAUCCAGUCCGCAUCAGCAGUUCUGAAAAUGCACUGUUUCUACUGAUACUCAUGCUUUUUCCAUUUUAUUGCCGAGAUUACAUGAAUUGUUGACUUUAUUUUUACACAAUAAAGAGUGAA